UGUGAGAGCUGUGAGAAAAGAAAGAGGGUUUUCCACGUUGAAAAAUGUUUGAAUUAUAUUUAUUGGACAGCUUUCGGAUUUUAAAUAACACGUGAAUGAACGUGAAGGAAGGAUGAAUCACUGUGAGGACGAUGCGGAAACACACACCUGAGCCUUGUGUAAAGAUCUGAGGAGGAGAUGAUACCUGAGCCCUCAGCUGCAGCUGCAUCCAGAGUCUCUGAGCAGAAUAAUAACUCUCAUGAUGAGGCGAACUCUUCAGAGGCUGUCAAUCAUUCAGAGGACGAGUCGGGGAACGAGAACAGACAAAAGAGUGUGAGACGUAGAAAAAGGCCUCACGAGGGCUCCGAGAAUGUCAAACGCAAAAGUGCCAAAGCGAGUCGCAGUGGUGUCGGCAGAGCAGGAGGCAGCCACGGUAAACAGAGACACGUGGAGGCCGUCACCCUGUUCGAGGUGGUCACCAUGGGCCGGAGCGCCAUGCAGGCGGUGAUUGAUGAUUGGAUCGAGGCUUAUGUGACGGACAGAGACUCUUCUCUCCUCGAUCUCAUCAGCUUCUUCAUCCAGUGCUCUGGGUGCAAAGGUGUGGUCACAGCAGAGAUGUGUCAGAGCAAAGAGGACAAUGAGGUCAUGAGUAAGAUGGUGGAGGAGCUGGAUGAGGUCGCUGGUCUGCAGUAUAAGAAGUUUUUGGCCUUUCCGUGGAUCCUCACAGUCACGUGGCCCAUGGACACGGACAGUGUGGAGUAUCCUCUGAUUCAGUCCGGACCGUACGGCCGCUGGUUCCACUCUGAGUUCUGCGACUUUGUGUCGGUGCUGGUGGCUCAGUGUCAGCACAGUGUCAUAUUCGACAGUUACCUGAUGAACACCCUCAUCUCGCUGCUCACAGAGCUGUCGGACUCUUACGUACGGGCUUUCAGACACACCUGCACGCUCGCAGCGGUGAAGCUGCUGAGCUCUCUGGUGGCCGUGGCUCUGAGUCUGAGCGUCGGCAUUGAGAACAGUCAGAAACUGUACGAGGUGCAGAAGAGGAAGACGAUGAGACAGAAAAGCACUCUGCAACAUGAGAGGAUACAGAAGAAGAUCACAGAGCUGCAGGAGAAGAGGGCGGAGAUAGAGAGCAUGAUGGACGCCAUCUUUAAAGGAGUUUUUCUGAAAAGAUAUCGUGACGUGCUUCCAGAAAUCCGCUCCAUCUGCAUGGAGGAGUUGGGUUUGUGGAUGAAGCUCUACAGCUCUGCUUUUCUGAAUGAUAGCUACCUCAAGUACGUGGGCUGGAUGAUGCACGACAAGAUACCAGAUGUGCGUCUCAAGUGUGUGUUAGGUCUUCAGGGUUUGUAUGGAGAUCCUCCACUGCUCCCGAAACUGGACCUGUUCACCAGCCGCUUCAAGGACCGGAUGAUCUCGAUGACUCUGGAUAAGGACAACGAAGUGGCGGUGCAGACCAUGAAACUACUGCUUCUCAUCUCCAAAACAUCUGACGAUAUCCUCAGUCCAGAGGACUACGAGCAGCUGCUCCAAUUUGUUUACUCAUCACAGCGACCUCUGGCGGCCACUGCAGGGGAGCUGCUCUUCUCCCGGCUUCUCAACACUGUAGCCCCUGCAUCUGAUACUCAGGAUGAAACAAAUGAGGAGGAGGCUCAAAAACAACAAACAUCUGCCAGACUGAAGGCUCUGCUGCAGUUCUACCAGGAGUCUGAGCUGCACAAGCAUGUGGCGUACCUGGUGGACAGUCUGUGGGACUGUGGUGGAGCUCUGCUGAAGGACUGGCCCACACUCACGUCUAUUCUGCUGCAGGACUCCUCCUCACACUGUUCAGGUCUCACUCCAGCUGAAGAAGCGGUGCUGGUGGAGAUCCUGGUGGCGUCGGUGCGUCAGGCUGCAGAGGGACCAGCGCUGGCAGGAAGGAGCGGAGCCAAGAAGGUAAUGAACGCCAGAGAAAAGAAAAUUCAUAUUGAUGACUGUACGAAACUCACUGAUCAUCUGCUCGUGGUGCUUCCCAAGUUACUGUCCAAGUUUUCAGGUAGUUGUGACAUUGUUGCCUCCCUGAUGAGGAUUCCUCAGUACUUCCUCCCAGAGUGUCCUGAAGCUGAAAACACACGGGCGUUAUCCUCCCUGAUGGCGGAGUUGGGAGCGGCUCUGGACCGACACUCGAGUCCCGCUGUUCUGGAGGCUGCAGCCCGCACCUACCUCAGUCUGUGUGGCGAGGAGACGGCCUGGAGCUCCGAGGCCCGAGCCGCCAGAGACUUUUUGGUGCAGCGCUGGGUGGAUCAGCUGACAGCACUGCUGGGAGCCUCGCAGAAGGGUGAGAGUCCGAGUUUCUCAGCUGACGAGGAGAAAACUGCAGAAAUUUUAGCCACGCUAAAGAAACUCCGAGCUUUCCACAACUGUCACAACCUCCUCGGGUGGAACCUGUUUGAGCUGCUGUCUCCUCUCCUGUCAGUGCAGAGCGGCGAGGGAGCAGUGCCGCCCGAGGUGCUGCUGGAGGUCCUGCAGCUUCUGUCCUUCUGCAUGCUCUGGUCUCUCAACACCAGCACUGAAACGUUAACCUCCAGAGACAAAGCUAUGUCUCAGAGACUCCAGCUGCGUCUUUUCUGUGAGAGGGGUCAUCACUGUCUCUCCCACUCAGACCACAGAGUGCAGCAGCAGGCGUUUCUGGGUGUGUGUGACGUUCUGACAGCUCAUUCCUACCAGCUUCACGUGUGGGAUCCCACCUGCUUCGGUCCGCUGCUCUACACACCCAGUCCCAAACUGCAGAGGGCGCUGUUGACCUUUGUAUGCACGCACGUCUUUGUCGGACCGGAGUGUGACAGCCAGAGCAGUGUCGGUGAAAACUCAGAGCUGGAGCGGCUGGAGGACCUUCACAGACGCAGAAAUCUGCUGGCGGCCUUUUGCAAACUGAUAGUGCACGGGGUGCUGGAGAUGAGCAUGGCAGCUGAGGUCUUCAUGUACUACAUGAAGUACCACAACGACUUUGGAGACAUCAUCAAGGAGACGAUGUACAGGACCAGACAGAUCGAUAAGAUAGAGAGCUCUCGUACUCUCGUGCUCUGUUUGCAGCAGCUGUUUGUUCGUCUGAGGCGAGAGCAGGAGAGCGGCGGCAGGGCUCACCCAGGAAUCCAGACCUUCACGAGCAUCAAAGAGCUCGCCAGGCGGUUUGCCCUCACCUUCGGGGACCUCGUCAAGUUUCGUGAGUGCGUCGUCAUGAUCCACAGGAACGGCAUCGAGUUUGUGUUCCAAGAGUUCAGUCAGACCCCAGAAACACCGACGCCACCGUACCUCUCCUACCUGACCAUCCUCAGCGAGUUCUCCAGCAAACUCCUCAAACCAGACAAGAAAACAGUGUUCUCCUACCUGCAGAAACACACAGCGGAGCACAUCAUUGACCUCAGGGAGGAGUGCUGGCAGCCGCUCAUCUACUAUCGGGCUUCUCUGUUGGCUGCAGCUGAAGCAGAAGACGCUGCGUCCUACGUUAGCUCUGACAGGAAGCCCAAUCGCUCUCCUUUCUCCAAACAAAAACUAGAAGGGAGCAAGUCCCCCUGCCCGUUCAGCCCCGUUGACUCCAAAGUUGGGAAAGCUCACAGAUCCAGCUUCAGUCCAAGCCAACAGGAAAAGACGGCCGACACGGACCCGUUUUGUCCUGUGGAAGCUCCCGCAAAGAAAUUAAACAUCGAGGGAUCCGUGCUCAGCGCCGGCGGCGAGGCGAACGACGACACUGUGGAAGUUGAGCUGUAACGGUUAUGAGGAUGUUGGAGGAGGACUGGCGCUUCUGUUUGACCUCACACUGGACGUCACAAACUUUGAGUGAGACGUUUUACUUUCCUGUGUCUUCUCCGUUCUGAUGUGUCCCUGCGUCCUGUUCAUACAGGUUUGCUGAAAAUGCAGUACGUUAUGUUUCGUAUGAGGAUGUAGUUUUAAAGGAUAAUAUUUUUCUUUUUGUCGACAAAUCUCAUGAAAAGACAGAUCAAGAAUUUACACUAAAAAUACCACAAUUACGUGUGCCAAAUCUGUUAUAUCUUAUUCCUCUCUGCCAUAAAACAAAGUAUUAAAAACAAACUAAAAACCGACAGAUCCUAGCAGUAAAGUUAACCAGAAGACAGUAAAAAUUUAAAGGUAACCAAUGUCUGUGGGAGCAACGCUGAUCCUGCAGCAAAGUGGGUCUUUAUUCAUAUAUAGCAAAAGCAGCCAUGUGUAUAAAUUUAGUAGUUUGCGUAACUUCAAACUGCUAAUUUAGUAAUAACUUCUAUCACCGUCCAGCCUGUCCAGGUAACGAGUAUAACUGUAAAACGUCCCCUAGUACAAAUAAAAAUAAAUAAAAUAAGUUUUCACCCUUUGAGGCAAAUUGGCUUGAUUUAUUUCAAAAACAUGUGA